AUGGUGGUUCUUCCGGCGGCGGCAUGGCUGAUUUGGUGGUGGAAUGAGCUGCGAUACGUCAUGCCCGUCGAAGCUCGGAUUAGGAAGAGCAGUAAGAAGCAUCCUCCAGGGAAUAUGGGACUGCCCAUUUUGGGAAAGCUGUUGACCUUCCUUUGGUACUUCAAGGCCCUUCGCCGAGCUGAUGAUUGCAUCAAUUCAAAGCGCCAGAGGACGUAUUUGUUCGGGAUUCCGUCGAUAAUUACGCACACACUGGCCACCAAUAAGUUCAUUUUCCAAUCCGACGUCGCUUUCCCGUAUAGAUGGCCUCCAAACGACCACGUAGGACCGAAAUCCAUCAUAUCAGCCCCGCCCCAUGAACACACACAAGCUCAAGAAAUUCAUCACCACCGCGAUCACCCGAGAGCUCUCUACAAGAUUGCUCUCCUCAUUCAGCCCCGCAUCAUCACCUCCCUCCGGUCAUGGUCUGACCGCAAGGACAUAACGGCAGUCGAUGAAGUCAAGCAGAUGACAUUCCAGUACAUUGGGAAGCUGUUUGCCAGCGUUGAGCCAGGGCCACUUUUGGAUGAGGUCUCUUCCCUGUUCGAUGGUCUCAUGCUUGGUUUCGGAGACCAACCCUUUAGCCUUCCUGGGACUGCAUACCCCUAUGCCCUUCAGAUCGAAGAUGAGGAUGGGAACAAGUUGAACGAUGAUGAGGUGGUGGAUAACAUUGUGAGCCUCGUCAUUGGAGGCUAUGAAUCCAUCUCAAGAGCCUGCGCUUGGGCCUUUUACUAUCUUGCCUCGUACCCAGAUGUUCUUCAUAAGCUCAGGGAGGAAAACGAGGCUUGUAGCAAGAAUGAGGUUGGAGAGCCCAUUACAAGUGAAGAUGUUGCGAAGAUGAAGUACACGAGCAAGAUCCCUUCAUUGCCCCUUUUUUAA